UCAUUUUGAACCCUCCCUCUUGGCCACAUCGUGACGUCAAUAGCAGCUCCUUGCAUAUGUUCUCUUUGCAAAGCAACAGCCUGAAAAUCGCAUAUUCUUCGGAGUGAUUUUGACGCUAAAAGAAACAUUAGCCGCAGCCUCUACAGGAACACACUUUGCACCAUCUGAUUUGCUUUGCUUUUUCGCAGACUGAAUUUGUUCACAAUUACCAGAGUCGCACAGUUUGCAAUUAGCACCCCUGUGAGCAGCAGAAGCAGGUGAGGAGCCGUUUCUGCAAUCUUUAAAAUCUAGAAACCAAGAUGGGGAAGCAGAACAGCAAGCUCCGCCCAGAAAUGAUGCAGGAUUUAUUGGAAAGCACGGACUUCACAGAGCAUGAGAUCCAGGAGUGGUAUAAAGGCUUUCUCAGGGAUUGCCCCAGCGGAAACUUAUCAAUGGAAGAGUUUAAGAAAAUUUACGGGAACUUCUUCCCUUAUGGGGAUGCUUCCAAAUUUGCGGAGCAUGUUUUCCGCACCUUUGAUGCCAACGGAGACGGAACAAUCGAUUUCAGAGAGUUCAUCAUCGCUCUCAGUGUGACGUCAAGGGGAAAGCUGGAACAGAAGCUGAAGUGGGCCUUCAGUAUGUACGAUCUGGAUGGAAACGGCUACAUCAGCAAGUCAGAAAUGCUGGAGAUAGUUCAGGCAAUUUACAAGAUGGUAUCCUCAGUAAUGAAAAUGCCAGAAGAUGAAUCGACCCCCGAGAAAAGAACAGAGAAGAUAUUUAGGCAGAUGGACACCAAUCGAGAUGGUAAGCUGUCGUUGGAAGAGUUUAUCAGAGGAGCCAAGAGUGACCCCUCCAUAGUCCGUCUGCUCCAGUGUGACCCCAGCAGCGCAGGCCAAUUCUAAACCCAAGGAAAUAAUGGAUUGUAAUCAAUGCUUUUGUUCUCUUUUUCUUUUGCCAAACCUUUUCAGGAAUGGCGACGUCGCCUCUGUACGGCUUACCAUGCCUUUCUCUUGUGGCAUUCCUCAGCUGUUCUAGUGUUCUAGAACAAAUUUAACAACAGUUGUUUUAUUUCUGUACAUGGUGAUUGGAAAACAACACCAAACAAAGUCUGUGUGACUGAAGAAUGCUGUGUUAGGUUACUUUGGUUUAUGCAGGAGAAGUUCUGUUGAUAACGAUCUGAGUUGUUAUAAACAUUUUAUAUGUAUCCCUUUAAUAAGCAUGCAUUGACAGAUUUUGUGAAGGAUGUCUCAAAGAGGCUGGAUAGGCACAGCUGCUCAAUAGUUAAAAAAUCAACUGGGAACCUAGACUAAAUAACUCUGAAGAUUUGCAGAAGUCAGACGAAACUCUGUCUCUUUGCCCAGGGGAUUACAGACUGUCAGGAGCUUUAAGAGAAGUUUUUUUGUUUUUUGUUUUUUGUUUUUUUUAACCUGGCUUUUCCAGUAAACUGUGUUUUGUAAUGUAGCAUGUGUAAGCAGUGUAGCUUUAGUCAAGGUAUUACUUUUUCAUAGUUCAUUCUAUCUUUGUAGAUGAUGUGCUUAAUGUGUUUGGGUAGCUUUUUUGUUAUGGCUAGUGCAAUUUUGAUACUGUAGCCAGUGUGGCUACACUAAAGUAAGAAAUAACUGUGUUUUUACUUCAGGAUUUUUUUUUUUUCUUGGACUGCCACACAGCAGCUAUCAAAGUGCCGACUGCUGGAGAAAUAGUUUUACAUGUUACUAAUAAAACUUAAGAGAUCUUCGGCGAUCCCACAGAAUUAAAAAAAGGAAGAAUAUAAGCCCAAGAACAUGUAUUGAUCCCCUUUUCAACUGUGGUCUGAGUAGGCAAGGAUAAGUCUUGAGCCUUCAACAAUGCCAUUGAUGUCAGGGAAGCUGAGGCCCAGUUUCAAACACCACAGUUGCUAUCACAGGACCCUUUGCUAUCAAGCUGAUGGAAAGACACCUGUCCCAUAGGCUCAGUCACUGUAAGUUCAUAAUUUCGCAGCCCACUAAUGUGACAUCAUCAUGACUGAUUGGGACUAGAACAGUGAUUUCACAAUACAUUAGGAAUAGAUUUCUGUUUAAAUUACUGGCCUUCACCGUUGAGCGUGAUAUUCCAAGCUACUUGUAAUGUAAAAAUUGUAAUUUAAUUUAGGGACAAUGAAGUAAACUUCUGAUUUCAUAACAAGAACAGAAUGAGACAAGAAGGGAGAACAGGUAACUAUACUCAACAAAAAAAGUUUUGCACCAGUGGUUAUUAGGUGCAAUAACUUAAAUGAAGUUGAAUGUACCAACCACAGAUGUUGAUAUAAUUGAAGAGCAUUCACAUCCAAAGAUUUCACAAAAACACAGGCUUUAUUGCUGCAAAUAUUGUACAAUACAGACAAGCUUAAACAACAGUGUGGUCAAAAUGAAAGUUCACAAGUUCAGUCAAUAAUGAAUACGUCCACCUUCUGCUUCCACUAAAGCAAUGCAGUGCCAUUGCAUGCUUCUAAACAGUGUCUAAAUUGUUCUUUGUGGAAUCGCAUCCCACUCAUGCUGCAGUGUGUCAGCCAGCUGUUGUAGUGUACGAGCUUGUGUAUGGUUUUGUCGAACGCGUCGCCCCAGCUCAUCCCACAUGUGUUAAAUUGGUGAGAGCAGUGGAUCUGGCUGGCCAUGGCAAGACAUUGAUGUUCUCUCUCUGCAACAGAGCAAUGCGAGGUCUAGCAUUGUCAUGUUGGAACAUGAAUGCCUGAUGCUGUUGGCACCACCACUGGCUGUAAAAUCUGACUGCAGUAUCGUUGUGCAUUCAAGGUACCAUUAAUAACCACUAGCUGUGUCCUACCAAUAGAGUGAAUCCCACCCCAAACCAUCACACUGCCUCCACCAAGACGGUCUUGCUCCAGAACACAUUGUGGGUCAUAUCAUUCGCCUCUUCUCCUCCAGGCCCACAUUCGGCCGUCUGCGAAGCUCAGAUUAAAGCAAGAUUAAUUUGUAAAAAAAAGACCUGUUGCCAAUGAUUUGCUAUCCAUCUCUGUAGUACUCUAGCCCACUGCAGACAUUCUUGCCUGUUCCUCAGAGGUAGUGGCAUCCCCAUCACUAGUCUUCUGGCUCGCAGCUCUGCAUGCCUCAGGCGGUUCCGCACCACAUGAUGUCACCCGCAUGCCUGGUGCUGCUUGUAGCCGCGCUGCUAGGAUUGUAGCAGGAAAAAGCCUUUCUCUUUUGGAUGAGAUGACCAGAUUCUGGUCUUCUCUACCUCAAGUGGCUCUGGAACGUUUCAAUAGCAUUGUAUCGUUGCUGCAGUCUGACAAUGGUAGAGUGAUGAACCAGCAAGAUAGCGUAUGCUUCGACCAGCUUUGAAGCAUGACCAGGGCACGGAAGCGGUCGUUUAUUGGUAAAGAUCUCCUUCUAGGCAUGGCGUAAACAUGAAGAUCCACUGCUUUUAGACUGACCCCAAAGGUGUGAUUCAAGCAAUAGCACUUUUAAAAACCAAGCAGUGCUAACUGAUGGAUCAUGUGAUUAGCAGGUGCUUUGAACACCUGACUUUAAAGAAGGUUCUGGAAAGUCAACAAAACAACAAUUCAACUAGGACUACCAUGGUCAUGCACCAGUAUAUACAUGCAUGGUUAGGAUAUUGACACUGCAGUGCAAUAAUAUUAUGCAAUGACAAAAAGUGGUGCAAAACUUUUUUUGUUGAGUAUAUUUUCUAUGGAGGGAGCAAAAUAGUAAUACUGAAGAAAAAAAGACUAUCCUAAGAGAUUCAGAAAUACAUUAUAUUGACCUAAACCUCAGGUAUAAGUAUAUAGAUAUAUUUAUAUAAAAUAGCCUAUAAAAACCCAGUGUAGGUACUCUGUGAUAUCUACCAGUUCCCCAGUGGUUUUCCUACCUGUUGUGCAGCAGAAGUGCACUUUUCGCAAAAAUCUGGAACUGCAAGUGUCAGGUAUGUGGUUCAGAUUGGGUAGAGCAGGUAUGUGGUUCAGAUUGGGUAGAGCAGGUAUGUGGUUCAGAUUGGGAAGAAUACAGUAUUUCUGGUACAGGAUGUGUUGCUUUGCUGCCUUCAUAUCCAGCGCAGACCAUGAUUAGGUUAGAGCAACACAACUAUUUGACAAUACAGGUAAAAUAAUGUAUUGUCAAAUAAGGAAUCAGAAAAAAAAGGUUUAAUUGAACUAUACUUCUGAGUCCUUAUCUGACAAUUUCAUUAUUUAGUUCUGUAAGAAAAUGCUACAUCUUAUUUUAUGCUAACAUGGCACCAGCCUGUUUAUUAGCAUUGCUUUUAUGGAUCUGUUGGUGUGGUGGACUCCAUUCAUUUUGUACCUCGGUGUAAUGAUUCCUUUCUGAUGUACAUUUGGUUAAUUAGUUUUAUGAUCUUUUUGUCAGACUAAUUGUUGCUUGUAACUGUCAAAGGAUGGUCUGCCUCAAUAAGGGGAGGGUCAAUGUGCUCUUUCACAAUAGGUGUUGGUCUUAUUUUUGUUUUUAGGCAGAUUCCUUAUGUAUCCGAUUAUUCUUGUGAUUCACCAGGAAAGCAUAUUUGAAUUCAUAUUUAGGAUUUUCCUAUCAAAGGCAAAAGGCACUAAAUUAAUGUAUUAGCCCUUUAUUUAAGAGUGGCAUUCAAAUUCCAUAUGGUGAGACCCCAGACCCAUGUUCUGCAGGAACUUUUCACAAUACUAUGGCAUAAAAACGUAUCGGUGACUAAUAUUGGUCCAUCCAGUAUUUGUAUGUAAAUGUACGUGUAGUAUUUUUAACAUUUGGUUUCCAGAUUCUCAUGUUCAGUGCUUGUUUGGAUUUGCUUCCAGGACAGUACUGGGUUGUUACCACAAACCCUGGUAGGCUUGAAUUGAUGAAGAGCAAUUCCAUACAAGCAUUGAGAAGAGAAGAAUGUGAAAAGCAGCAGUAAUACCUGACACUUGUUUUAUUUUUUGAAUUGACAGAAACACAAAUUAAAUUAGAAAAAAAUAAUAAUCAAAUGACUUUUUUGAAAUUUUUUAUUGAUAAAACCAUAUUAGGAUAAACAGGGAUGGGGCACAGUAUAAAGUGACCAGUUUAUGUUGUUCUUGUCCAGCAUCAAGCUGUUCCCCUGCAGUGGACGAGUUACAGUAAUUGAGAAUUGGUGCAACGUUACAGAACAAAAUGUCUUCUAAAUUGAACUAGAGUUAUGAUCAGUGGACCACAUAUUUACUAAGUGUGUAUUUUUGUGCAGUUUUAGUGACAACUAGUCUUGCAUAAAAACAAAAAUCGCAUGUUCCUCAUUUCUAUGAAGUCCAUCAAAUCCAGCUACAUUCAUAUCACACAGAUGUGCAACGAAUCUGAUUAUCAUUUGUCAACAUAAUUGUGGGAAAAUAUAUUGUGCUUUUUAAAAGGGUUAGAGCAUUGCUAUUGUAAGGUGUAAAGAGAUUUCAUUGAGCUCUGUAUUUGACACUGGGCUCCAACGAAUAACACAAAAAGCACUUAUCAAAAAACAAAGAUUACAUUUUUUUUAAGCACAGUGAUGCUAUUGUUUGAAAAGUGACUGAGUUAAAUUUGUUUUAAAAAGAAAAAAAAACACUUUAAUUCUGUCAUUAGUUGUGGUAGGUGGUCUAUAUUUAGUCACAUUUGUAAGUUUUGGGUCAGCCUGGGUAUCCUAAUUUUCAGUUUCGUUUAAGCAACAACAAAAAAUCAGAAUUCAAAAAGUAAUUUUAACUGUACUAAACUCUUGAAAAAUAAGAAUAUUUUAACUGCUGCUUAUAAUAUUAACAUCUUUAAAAUAUAAUGAAAGAUUUCUUUCUUACAGUAUACUGUACUUUGUUGUAAACCAGGACUGCCGAUGUAACUUUCUAACAAGUUCCUGUGCUGAAUUUGCUGGAGUGCUGUAUUGUGUUUGAAGCAACAUACAGUAACAUAACACUGUAUUAGGAUUUUAUUACAUAAUUUAUGUGUUUCUUUUUUUUUAAUCUUUUAUAAUGGCAGUCUCUUUGACUUACAGGGUAGCCAAACAGCUUCUGGUACUACAGUAGAAAAUUAAACAAAUUAUUCUUCUAAAUAAUCUUAGAAUGAAAGCUUCAUCACUCCCAUGCUGCCCAUCUCUAGUUCCAAACUGUUGACCGAGAUGGGAAGAGAAACCCUUUAGUAUGCCUGUGAGAGAGAUUCACCUCCAGUUCAGCUCCAAACAGCACUUCCGGAAGCUACAGUGUCCCUGACUCGUUUAUGGAAUCACAGCAGCUUUGUUUAGGUGGGGUAAUGUUUUAAGGCCAAGGGUCUGGGGGUUGAUAUGAACAGCAGAGGACUGAAAUACAGCUGUAAUUUAAAUAAUUAAAAUAGAGUGCUUUUUAUUUCAGAUUUUUACAGGCAAAAAUAAACUAAGGAGACAAAACAUCCCUUAUAAAAGUUUACCAAAGUAAAGAGUAAUAAAGCAUAGUGAAAGGAUGGUAAAGUAUAGCUGAGCAUUGUAAAGAAUAGCGAGGUAUUUAGACCCAGUUAAGUUGGUCAAAGGAUUAUACUCCUGAAUGUUUUAAAUAAACUGCUGUUUGUUUUGUUUUUUUUGGUUUUUUUUUUUUUUUUUAAUAAGUAAACACAAAAUGUCAACUACUGCAAGUACUAUUUAAAUGAAAAAUACAAAGAAAGGUUAAGCUGGUGUUCUUAAAGCAAAUAAGGCAAAAGGCAUAAUUUUGUCUGUAUUACACACAAUAGCAUCAUGUGGUUAAGUGCCAAAUAUACAUAACAGUAUUGUAUACAUUUAUACUGUACUAUUAUCUGUUGAACAAAAUGUUUGUAAGUGUUACAUUUUGUAGAUUUUGUAUGGUAUUCUGUUUUUUGUGACAUUGUAGUUUUUAAAUGUAGAAUUUUGUUAUCUUAUAAGCCAACAUUGAAAUGUGUAAAAUCCUGUCCCUUUGCCUGUGAGUCUUCUUUCCUAUGUCUGUCAGUGCCUAUAUGAUUGAUAAUAUGACAUAUCAAGACUAUUAUUUACAUUUCCCUCGAAUGAUUGUGUAUGAUAUACUGUAGAGAUUUAAACGAUACAAAGUCCUGAUAAAUUUCAUAGAUGUUAAAAUAGAGAGAUGUUCCCAUGUUUAAACGGCUAGGUUUAGAAUUGUGGACAAAAAAAGAAAACAAUACAACUUAUUUUUAUAUACAAACAAAACAUUGAUGUAAAUAAGCUUUGAAUAAAUAACACAAGGGUUUCCUUCAA